GCGCAGCCUCUAGCGCCAAGCCAAGCCACCACGUACGCCAAUGACCAGUCGACAGACAAGAGCCGGUCUCUCAACACAAGCUUCCAUUCAUCGCGUAUAGAAGGAGAAAUCGUGUGCAUUGGCUGUAAACAUCACCAGCAAGACGAUGGCGGCGACGACGUCGACGGUGAGCCUGCCUUCGGUGCGCUACACGCGCAACCUCCUCCUCAGGAGCAUGUGCAUCAUCUACAUGUUUGCCUUCCUCAGCUUCUACGUGCAAAUUCCGGGCCUUUACGGAGACAACGGCGUUUUACCGGCAAAGGCGCAAUUGGACCUCAAUUCUCCAGCACCUCUGCUUCUAAAAUUUAAGCAAAAACCAACUCUGCUAUGGUUUGCUCCCUACCUCGGCUUGAACGUCGAAUACAUGAUGGACGUGUUUGCCCUGACUGGAGCACUGUUAGCAUUUUUGGGGUUUGUCAAACAAAAGUUUUGCAAAUUGCCCAUGUUUGUUUUACUGUACUCGUUAUACCUUUCGCUCUACCAAGUAGGACAAGUUUUCAUGUGGUUCCAGUGGGAUGAAUUAUUGUUAGAAGCUGGUAUUUUAUGCAUCGUUCUUACGAUGUCGUGGUCGAAAAAAGUCACACCAACCGAUCCAGUGUCACUUUGGCUGGUACGAUGGCUCCUUUUCCGUGUAAUGUUUUCCACUGGAGCGGUAAAGCUUAUUUCAAAAUGUCCAGUCUGGUGGAAUCUAGAUGCUAUGGGUGUGUAUUUUGAGUCACAAGUUAUUCCAACACCCUUGGCUUGGUAUGCUCAUCAUUUGCCAGCAUGGUAUCUCCGUCUGAACACUGUAUUUACCAACGUUGUUGAACUUGUCAUACCUUUCUUAUUCUUUUUCCCAAUAAGAAGGAUUCGAUUUAUAGCUUUCUACCUUCAUGUCUUCCUUCAAGCCAUAACCAUUAUCACUGGAAACUACAACUUUUACAAUUUAUUGGCUAUCUGUUUAAGCAUAUCAUUAUUAGAUGAUCAAUUCUUCUAUCAUAGGAAAUCCAAGACGGAAAGUUCUCAAAUUUGGAAAUAUCUGACAAAUUUAAUUUGUUUAGCCGUUUAUGGUGGUAUUCUGUUUGGUACUUACAAACUAUUUAACCUCGAGUUGAAAGAUGACUGGACAAUUUCAUCUAAAAUAGGAUUUACUCAAAAAGAAUUUGACAAAGCUAUUUCCAUAGUAGUUCCCGCCUCUGUUUGCGUUGCAAUCGCUUCUCUUGGUAUUGCAAUAUCGUACUCUGUAGUGAACUCAUUAUUUAGUGUAAAGGAUACUUCCAAGAAAGUUAAACUGUUUGUAAAAACUGUCAUAAUCAAUGCCGUUGUCAUUUACAUUUUUGCUCUGAGCAUUGUUCCAUACACGACUUCUUUAUACCCAAAACUCAACUCUACUCUUCCAAUUCAACUAAAAACGCAGUACAAAAAAAUGGAGCCGUUCCAUGUCGUCAACAGUUAUGGAUUGUUCCGUAAAAUGACGGGAGUUAAUGGUAGACCAGAAAUAAUCAUUGAAGGUAGCAAUAGCAUCGAGGGACCAUGGAAAGAGUAUCAAUUCUUGUACAAACCUGGAAAUGGAAAUAAUUCACUUCCUUUUGUUGCGCCACAUCAACCGCGUCUCGAUUGGCAAAUGUGGUUUGCAGCCCUUGGUAAUUAUCAUCAAAAUCCUUGGCUAAUGUCUCUAGCCUAUAGGAUUUUGAACGCCCAGCCCGAAGUUAUGGCUUUACUCAACGAGGUUGAAAAUCCAUUUAAACACAGUCCACCGAAAUAUGUUAGAGCUAGUCUGUUCAACUACCACUACACUCCAGAGAAAAACAAGCAAAGCGAGCAAGCUUGGUGGACGAGAGAACGAGCAAGCGAGUACUUCCCGAUAUUCAGCAAGGACCAUCCACCGCUAAUCGAGUAUUUGCAGAAAAUGAAGAUUAUUCAAGACAAGCCUGCACCCAAAGUAACAAAUACCGUCUUGAAAAAUGCCCUUGACACUUUAAGGUCCGUCGUACGCAAGUUCGAGGCGACUCUACUGCUAUGGGGCAUGUUUACUGCUGGCUGUGCCAUCAUCAUGACCGUCUAACUGUCGAGACGUGUGAAAAGUGAUCUGGCUCACAUCGACCUGUCAGAUUUUUUUUUUUAGAAAACUAUUUGAUUUGGUGUGAUGGAUCGAGCUAGAGAGAAAAGUCAUGGAUGUCUCACGAUGCUUCACUAAUAGUCGUGUGUAGCCAGUUGAUAUUAAUUUUGGAAACAAAGAUUGAAGCAAUUAACGAACCUUAGUCAAUCUUUAUUAUUGAAGGAAGAAUAACUACUUAUUCAAGUUUUAUAGAGAAACAACAGGAACUUUAUUCAUUUAAACUGUAAAAAUGUGCAUUGUUUUUAAGAAAACUCAAAGUGUUGCUACUCAACCAAUUAAAUUUUGUUUUGUAUACUCUUUUUUUUCAGCAUUUGUGUGUAUAGAAAAUAUAUAUUUAAGCAUCUGUUUAUAAUAUGCAUUUAAAGACUCGAUUACAAUGUGUGAUUUAUAUGUAUAUCGUAGAACGUACUCUUAUGAUAAAUAAUUUUUUGUGUUAGUGCUCUCUUUGAAUGAUGUUGUAUUUUUAUAAGUUUUUUUUUUAAUCACAAUUGUGCAGUAGUUGGAAUUUUUAUACAAAAAUCAAGCAUUUAAAACGUUUUUCAGCGUAAAACUUUUGGAAUUCUAACUAUGGAAAGUCUAGUUUGCGAAAAAAAAAAAAAAAAAACAAACAUUUAUUUUGUCAGUGUAAACUGUUCAUGUUGUAUUAUAGGAAGCACAAUAAUUCAUAUACUAAGGCAAAGUUGAAUCUUAUAUCUGAGUAAUAUGUUAAGAGAAAUUAAGUCAUAAUAAAGUACAAACUUGAUGACUAGAUUGUUUCUUGGAAAAAAAACUUCUUGACCAAAUUGUACUGCGUUGAACAUGUAAGUUUUCUUUUUGUAAUAUAAUGUUCAAGAUUUAUACACUUGUAUGUAUCUUUCAUUUAAAGAAGCAAUAUACCAACAAAUCGUACAUAAUGCAUUUAGAGACAUGUUGAAUAAAUUUCUUAAAGAUA